CUGAAAGUGGAUCCCAAAAUAAGAAUUCAUAGCAAUAGCCAGAGAUGAAUAUAAUCUGGAAUUUUUUCUUUCAACUUUACUUAGUAUGCUUGAAGCACACAAUUGAUUUACAAAAUCAUUUCAAACUAACAACUUUAAACGAAAAAGCUUUAUAGCUACAAAAAAGUCUUCUAAGACAAAAGCUUUGUAAAAAAGCUUAUUACCCUCGAUCAUAUGUAAAAAGAAAAUCGUUCACCGAGUAGAAAAACAAAAUGUUUAUAUCAAAAACGAAGAUCAGUAGUAAAUUUUCACAAGCUGACAACAAUUGAAACCGGUGAAACGAAAAACAAAUAGAAAGACCAUUCUGUUAGAACAAGUUAUGCAAAAGAAAAUUUAAUUAAGAAAAUUAUUUAUAAAAAAAAAAAUAAAGUGAUCAAUUUUCCGUGUGUAAAUUUUGUAAACAACAAAAUAAAACAAAUCUAAUAUAAACCAUUUAAAAUGGAUUUAUUGUUUCUAAGUAAACGUAUUUAUUUGGGCACCGAAGAUGGAUUUAUACAUGGUGGCAUAAUAGUCAACAAUGAGGGUAUAAUACAAAAGGUUUUGAGAACAGCUGGUGAGGUUAAUACAUAUUUGUAUAAUAUAGAAUCGGAGGCGGUAUAUGACUUUGAAAAUUUGGUUUUAAUGCCGGGUCUUAUAGAUGUCAAUGUACAUAUCAACGAACCAGGUCGUAAAGAUUGGGAAGGAUUUUUAACGGCCACAAAAGCAGCGGCAGCAGGCGGUUUUACCACCAUCAUAGAUAGGCCAACAAAUGCUAUACCUCCCACCACUUCUUUGGCCGGUUUAAAAUUAAAAUUAUCCACGGCUCGUGGCAAAAUUUAUGUUGAUGUUGGUUUUUGGGGCGGUAUUGUACCCGGAAAUACUGACGAUAUUGAGGCUUUAAUCGGUGGUGGUGUAGUUGGUCUACAAUGUUCACUUUCACCAGCCGCCGAACCAGUUACCAAAGAAUUUCCUGCUGUUAACAAACAACAAUUGGACACUCUUCUCACUAAGCUAGACAAUAACAUUGUUAUAGCCGUUCAUGCUGAAGAGAUGUUGAUGACGCCCAUUAAGCCAAAUAAAGAAGAACCCAAAUGUUAUGAAUCAUUUUUGAGAACUAGACCUUCUCGUAUGGAAGUUAAUGCAGUACAAAUUGUAGCCGAUCUUGCCUUGAAGCAUAAAAAAAAACAAUUUCAUUUAUUAAAUCUCAGUUCAAAUGAAGUCCUGCCGAUUAUAGAAGAAGCCAAAAGUAAAGGUGCUCAAAUCACUGCCGAAACAUGCCCCCAUUAUCUCAGCUUAGCAGCCGAAGACAUAGAAGACUGCCACACAGAAUUCAAAACACAACCACCAAUACGCGAAAGAUCAAAUCAACCUGCUCUAUGGGAAGCUUUAAAAUCUGGAUGUUUAGAUAUUAUAGCAUCAGAUCAUUCGCCUGCAACACCGGGUCCCAAAUGUUUAACAUAUGGCCGUACGAGAGGUAAUUUUAUAAAUGCCUGGCCAGGUAUUUCUUCCCUGCAAUUAGGUCUACCCAUAGUUUGGACUGAAUGUCAGAAAUAUGGUUUGGGCAUACAACACAUUUACAAAGUCAUGUGUGAGAGACCAGCUUUAUUGUGCGGCUUAGAAAAGUCGAAGGGUAAAAUUGUAGAGGGUUAUGAUGCCGACUUUUGUAUUUGGGAUCCCGAUGAAGAAUUUCAAGUUGAUGCCAAUGUAUUGUAUUCAUCGAAUAAGGCCACUCCUUAUGUCAAUCAACGUUUGCGCGGUAUGGUGCAUGCUACCGUUGUUAGAGGUCUGCAUGUAUAUCAACAGCAUGAGGGAUUUGGCCAACCUUUGGGAAAAAUUAUUUUGCGUAAAAAUAUUAAGAAAAUUGUUAAAUUUCAAUAGAAAUUUUGUAAAAAAAGAGUCACAUGGAAAAUGUCAAAAGCAUAAGAUGUUAAUUGUACACUCUUAAAAAAAAAAAGACUAAAAGGAAUGCUUAACAAAAAUUUAACUUAAAUUUGGGAAAUAAAAUAUUCAAUUGUCUUCCUUAAUACAAGAAUACAUACAUAUAGGCACAAAAAUAAUUGUUAAAAAAGUUUCGUAAUUUUUUUUCUUGUGUAACAUAAUAUGCAUGUUGAUUGAGAUGCAACAAGUUGUCGUGUGGCAAACGAACAGUGCAAACUUCAUGUCAAUUUGUUUGUUUUCAGUUGCAAAUAAAUUGUUUCAUAGUCGACCGCAAAAUAAAUACAUACUUAUGUAUAUAAGCAAACAUACAUUCGUAAGUAGUAAAUUCGAGGCAAAUCAGAAAAUUAUUUUGAAAUUUGAAUUCAAAUUGGGGGCCAAAUAGCAGCAUUCGUUUUUGAUCGAAAUCUAUAUAUUUAAGCGAAUAUGGGAAUUUUUUAUCUAAAUUGCUAAAAAGUAAAACUUUUUUAAAUAUUCCAAUUUUUUGUAAAUGCAGAUUUAUGAAUUUUUAGUGAAAGACAAAUCACAUUUCUUGAUAAAACGUCAAAUUUUUAAUUAUUUUCUAAAUUUUUGUGAAAACCUGGUUAUUUACGAAUGUUGAAAUUUUAAUGGAAAUUAGAUUUUCAAGGCGA